AUGAAAGUUAUUUUAAAGUUAUUACUUGUUUCGUUGCUGUUACAAAAUAAUUUGACAGCAUAUGCCCGUUACUCACCAAUUGCACAAUAUUUGAAGGUACCAGAAGGCGAAGUACCUGAUUUAUUGCUUAAACAGAAAAUCUUGAUCGAGGGAAACACCAAAUUGGAUUCCACUCUUAAAGAAUUAGAUAGAUUAGCUGAAGAACACAAUGUGAACCAAAUUGUGUUAAGUAAAAAUUACGAAAAGAAUAAUAUAGAAAUACGGUUAAAUCAUAAUGAAAAUAACCAAGCAUUUAUAGAAAGUGUCAAAAAAUUUAAUCCGAUUAUACUUAAUAACAAAGAAUUUUUCGAUAGUGGUGAAAAAGAUUUUAAACCGUUGAAUAAGAAAGAAGUGAGAUUUAACUCGGCUGAUUCGUCUAAUUUACUUGCUUUAAGACCUAUAGAAAAAAAGGUUCAUGCACAACCCAGAAGAAUAGACAUUCCUAUUCUUGCUGGAGAAGGCAUACAUUCUGAUCAUAACACACCUGAUGAGAAAGGACUUAUUUAUUUUUAUCAUCUAUCAUGGGAUAGGGUGGGGCCGCCGACAAUACUUGAAGAAGAUGAUUAUAUUGGGCCAAUGGUUUUCCAAGAUUUUGAAGAUGGCAACGAUAGGGGAUUUAUCUUGAAAGAUACUAAAAAAAUCGCUUCCCCGGCCAUAAGGAUAAACGAUUCAGAUUUUGAGGUAUAUCAUAUUCUCGGUUCGCUUGAUAUUGAUGAGUCAUACAUAGGAGCUUGG